GGCAUCCCUCAGCUCACAAGCUCAGCUUGUGGCUGGAUGUCAUCUGCUUGUGCUCUAUGCUGUGAUGCUGUAACUGCGCUCUCCUUCCUUUUCAUUAUGGUUUGGCUGCUCCGUGACUCUGCCUUGACACUUCCCCACCAUUGAGAUGAAAGUCCUCGUGGCUGACUGCAGGCUUCCAUCAGCAAGGCAGUCUGAGGAUGUGAAUGAGCACGCUGCUGCUCAGAAACCCUGUGUAUUCUUCACAUUUUAACACUUCUUUGUAGCAAUUCUGCAUUGCAGAGCUCGCAUAAGGGUGUUGGGGCACGAUGCAUUGCGAGAAUCACAGCUGCUAACUGCUCUGUCUUGCACCGACUCCACCAAUCACUUAAAAUAACUUGUGCACAAAAAUCCCUCUUGUGCUCAGAUGCUGAUCUGCUGGGAAAGGCCAACUGCUGCUGCAUGGGCAUGGCUUGGGCAGGACGUGUGAGCAUGCAGUGCACAGGUCGGCACCAGGACGAGGGCAUCCCACCUAUCCAUGCAGGCAGCACUGCCCCUCACUACGCUUUACAGGUGUAAAGAGAGGACCUCACCUGUGUGUUCUGGUGUUGGAUCCCACGCUUCCUUCCAAAGCCUGAAUGCACAGACUGGUGAAAUGGUUCUAUGGCACUUUGUUAAUCUGUGCGGUAACGGCGCAGUACUCGAUAGUUUAGGAAGAGGCAUUGCAAUGCCUCCGUGAGCAGCAGCCAGAUCUAGGAGUUAUUUGUGCCGUUAGUGAGGGGUUUAAUAGCUUAAUCCAUCUGGAAAGCAAGGGGAUUGAUUGGGCUGUACGAUGAAUGGGCUGAUAAUUAGCACAGCAGUCCCUCCGAACCACGCACCCCGGUAAGGCAGUGUGGCACACAGCAGGCGCUGAGCUGGAGUUUUUAGCAGUGCACUAUGGCACGUUUACUGGAAGAAAAAAGGCACCUUGGCAGUGCUCUGAUGGGUGAGUGCUGUUUCAGGUUCAGGAAAGCGGCCAGGCCAAGGCACACAGUGCAGUUGUGCAAAGAAAUGCCCCUGAGUGCAUUGCUGGCAGUGCGGGUGGGUGCCAGCCUGCCAUCCUCAGCACUCAUCUGUUUCCUUGGUGUGCACUUCAGAUUGCAAUUACACUUUGGAGCUGCAGUUGAUUUUCAGUUAGUACGGGCUGAUAAACGCCCUUCAAAGCGUGCAGUGUCUGCAGGGUUUGAGAAGGAAGACCUGUGCUUGCUGUAUGGGGUGAGAAACAUGAGUAUAUUUGGAUGCUUUGGGAUUGUGCUGCGGAUUUUUGUGCCAACAGCACCCCCAAAAAAGCACUGCCACCACCACUGGCAAACAGAGCCCAUAAUGAGUGCAUCUGACGCUGAAAUGAGAUGCAAAUCUCCAUUUCUACCAGAGGGUCACUUGGGUGUCUGUAGGUGCUGUGCCUUUUUGAAGAGCUGCUGCACGGCAGUAGGCAUUUCUCCUGGUGCUUCAUGGGUGUGUGGGUAUGGAUGAAGCUCUGUAAGGUUCUUGGUGCACUGGGAAGCUGUGGGGUGGCCUUGUGGCUGCAGUUUCUGUACGUUAGAUCCUUCCUGCCCAGCAAUCCAGUGAGGAUUAUACAGCAGAUCUGUGUUGAAGAGCCAGUGGAGGGGCAGAGCCAUUAGAAAUUGGAGCCUUUCACCAAUAUCCCAUUUGGAGACAGAAGAAGGCUUUGGCAAAAGGUAUGGUGUGAAUAUGCGUUGCUUGGCAGCUCGGGUCAACUACAAGACUCUGAUCAUCAUCUGCGCUCUCUUCACGCUGGUGACGGUGCUGCUGUGGAACAGAUGCUCCUCGGAUGGGGCCGGCCCGUUCCCCCGCAGCCCCGGUGGCCCCGAGCGCCGCGCGGCCGCUGCCAGCAGUGGCCCCGCACGGGAUGUGGCCAAGCAGAGCGAGGAAGCAUCACCCCAGGAACAGCAGAAAGCUCCUCCCGUCGUGGGAGGCUUCAACAAAGCCCCGGGGCUGAAGUAUGAAGAGAUAGACUGUCUGAUCAACGACGAGCACACCAUCAAAGGGAGGAGGGAAGGCAGCGAGGUCUUCCUGCCGUUCAGCUGGGUAGAGAAAUACUUUGAGGUUUAUGGGAAAAUUGCUCAGUACGAUGGUUAUGACAGGUUUGAAUUCUCUCAUAGCUACUCCAAAGUAUACACACAGAGAGCACCUUACCACCCGGAUGGGGUCUUUAUGUCCUUCGAGGGCUACAACGUAGAGGUUCGAGACAGAGUGAAGUGCAUAAGUGGUGUUGAAGGUGUGCCCUUAUCCACCCAGUGGGGGCCUCAGGGCUACUUCUAUCCCAUCCAGAUCGCACAGUACGGGUUGAGUCACUACAGCAAAAACCUGACGGAGAAACCCCCGCACAUCGAGGUGUACGAAACGGCUGAGGAGAAGGACAGGGGCAGCAGGGCAGCCGAGUGGACCGUGCCCAAGGGCUGCUCCCUUUCCACAGUGCCCGAUAAAGCCAAGUUCACCAGUGUUAAACACUUUGUUGCUCCAGAGAACACCGAGGGGGUUUCCCUGCAGCUCGGGAACACCAGAGAUUUCAUUAUUUCUUUUGAUCUCAAGUUCGUAACCAACGGGAGCAUUUCUGUGGUGCUGGAGACCACAGAGAAGAACCAGCUCUUCACCGUGCACUACGUCUCCAACACGCAGCUCAUCGCCUUCAGGGAGCGCGACAUCUUCUACGGCAUCGGGGCCCGCACCGCCUGGAGCACCGUCACGCGGGACCUGGUGACCGACCUGCGCAAGGGCGUGGGGCUGUCCAACACCAAGGCCGUCAAGCAGACCAAAAUAAUGCCUAAGAAAGUGGUGAGGCUGAUUGCGAAGGGGAGGGGAUUCCUCGACAACGUCACCAUCUCGGCCACCGCGCACAUGGCGGCUUUCUUCGCGGCGAGCAACUGGUUGGUGAGGAACCAGGACGAGAGGGGCGGCUGGCCCAUCAUGGUGACCAGGAAGCUUGGGGAAGGCUUCAGAUCCUUGGACCCGGGCUGGUACUCGGCCAUGGCGCAGGGCCAGGCCAUCUCCACGCUGGUGCGGGCCUACCUGCUGACCAAGGAGCACGCCUUCCUCAGCGCCGCGCUGCGGGCCACUGCGCCCUACAAGCUGCCGUCAGAGCAGCACGGGGUGAAGGCUGUGUUCAUGAACAGGCACGACUGGUACGAGGAGUACCCCACCUCGCCCAGCUCCUUUGUGCUCAACGGCUUCAUGUACUCGCUCAUUGGGCUCUACGACCUGAAGGAGACCGCGGGGGAGAAGCUGGGCAAGGAGGCACGGCUGCUGUAUGAGCGAGGCAUGGAGUCCCUGAAGGCCAUGCUGCCUCUCUACGACACCGGCUCCGGGACCAUCUACGACCUGCGGCACUUCAUGCUGGGCACCGCUCCCAACCUGGCGCGCUGGGACUACCACACCACCCACAUCAACCAGCUCCAGCUGCUCAGCACCAUCGACGAGGCCCCGAUUUUUAAAGAGUUUGUCAGGAGGUGGAAGAGCUACCUGCGGGGCGGCAGGGCAAAGCACAACUAGAGCUGACAACCAAAGCCCUCGUGCCCGCUGGCGGCGAAGGUUCGGGCUUCUGGAGCUCGGCGAGGGGACACCUGAAAAGGUCGCAUCCUAAAUUCGUUUUGAAGAAGUGAUCCUUAAAACUGAUCUCCUGAAAUAAUUGCAUUCCAGUGUGAAAACCUUUGGGUCUGAUGGGCAGGAAUCGGGGACUUCAGCUCGCUCUCUAUAGCACUCCACCGUGGCGUUACCCGCACGAAGCAAAACCCAUCUGUGCUCUGAGCUGGGGGACGAUUUUGUUUUUGCUUUUUGCAGGAAGAUAUUUACGGAAGCCAUACAGGUCUCUAAAGUCCAGCACUUGCCUGACAAGUUAGUAUGUGGCCUCUUUGGAAAUGGAGCUAUUUGUGUAUAUGUUGGAACAGCGUCGCCGGUGGUGUGGUGUAAUGCUGUAAACGUGUGUUUCCUUGUAGCCUGGGUAGUGGACAGCGUAGCUUUUUCAAGGUGUUCCUUUCUGUAUGGAUUCCCUCCUUGGGGUGACCGGCCUUUUUUAUUCUCUGUCUGGAGGUCCUGUAGCCGUAUGGCUUUGCGUCACACCACGUAAGCACAAGUUGGUGGCUCAUGGAUGGCCCGGCGCUGCGGCUGCACCAGCCCUGACCUGGGAGCCAGGCACACGUGGGGUGCCAGCAGUGGGCAGCACUUCCCUCCCCAGCAGCUGGAGUCUCUUCUCGUGGAGCCCGAUGUUCUGUUCUGUAUUUUUUCAUCACAUCUGAGAGGUUUCUGUAAGCGUUGGCUUGGUUCUGUAGGAGACCCGUGUUGAAUUCCUGUGUGGCGUGGAGCUGGUUUUGAGUAGCGUGCAGGAAAUGUAAUUUGAGCACUGUCCUAUGGGGGUUUUCGUUUUUUAACCUGCUUUCCCAAGAUCCAGCACUUGAAAAAUGACAAUCAGCCCAUAGGGCUCUGCAGCUCCGUCUGUGCUUUAGCACUGCUCGGCCUUUGCUGCCCGACACCAGUCAUCAAACAGAACCCCAGCACUUCCACUGUGCUGGCAGCACGCAGAGGAGCAGAUGGUCUGCAUCUCGUCUUUGUGAGCCCAUACCCACACCAUGGGUCUGCCUUCACAGCGUGGAGGUUUCUGGUGGAUCUGGAAGGGUAAAAGCGAUGGCAUCAUUGGAUGGCAAUGGUGUGGUUUGUAGCACAGCAAACACCAGGUCGUCAGCUCUGUGCAGGCUUGCUGGGCUUUGCUCUCCCAUCCCAUCCAGGCACAAAAGCUCCCAACACGUCCUGGCGUGCUGUGAUCAUGUAUGGCUGUGGGGCUUUUCCACUGAUCCCAUGACAUGCUGCAGGUGUCGGUGUGCUUUGGCUUAAGGUGCUCCUACAGAGGACAGAGCUGCUUCAGACUGCAGAGAGGCUGGGCACGAGGACGGCGUGCAUCUUGGCUUUUGUUUGCUUUUCUUGCUUUUUCAGUGCUUUUUUCUUGCAGAUAUUUGAAGCGACUUUGUAAUGACUUGAUCUCUGCAAACGCGUGCUGUGUGAUCGUACCGGCUAAUGUGAAAAGCAGACGUCGCGGGAGAAAUCUCAAUACCAAAGUUAGCAGAGCUGAUUUUUAUUUUUAGUGUUGUUGUUUUUGUGUUUGUUUAUUUUUUUUAAACAUGUGUGCACAGAGAAAACAACCCAAACGACGUGCUUCCUUCCAGCGACGGUCCUCGCUGCAAGCAGAGCAUCUCCCUCUGUGCAUCCCCUCCGGUUUUUGCCCGUUUUGGAUUUGGGGAAGCGAGAGACACUUCCAGGGCGCUGCUCUGCAGCGGUGCCGGUGCCUUACCGAGGCCACCGUGCCCUCUUUUAAUUAUUAUUUAAUUACUUUCUUCUUGUUUUUCAAUAUCGGGUUGAUCAUGGCAGUGAUGGUUGUGUUGGGGUGGGUCAGCCCCGGAGCGUUGGUGGCAACGCCGCUGCUCUGGGCACGCCGCGUCCUUAAUAGCCACGCUGCGUUCCUGUUGGCCGUGGCACUUGUGUCACUUCAUCCCGCCGCCCCCAGGGGUCGUGGGGCCACGGGGAUUCGGUGUGAGGCCUCCUCUUGGGGUCGUGUUUUCCAUACAGAGCUGGGAGGGGAUGGUGGGACGUGGGCGCCCAUCGCUUGGCUGAAGUCAGUCGCGUUGAUCCCUGCGCUUUCCCGGUGGUCGACGUGACGAAGGUCCUGGGGACUCAGAUCAGCUCGACGUCCCCGUGAUGCUCGCUGUGCACAGAGCCGACUGGAGGCGUGGUGCACUGCACACCAGUGACACACAAGCACAACCGUCCGCGUGUGGCCGUGCUGUUUUCUCAGCCAUUGUGCAAGACAUUCACCGAAAGCUGCUAUUUCCCUUCACCUUGUAAUUGUACUUUAUUUUUUCUACAUUUUUACAUGUGGGGUAUACACGCCAUGUGUUAAAUAUGCAAUAAAUUGUUUACAGGAUGCUCUUGUAAAGGGUGGUCCUUUGUAAAGCUGUACAGACUUUGCAGUUUAAGCACAAUGUGCACAUGUUAGUUUUAUAUACGGCGAGACGUGACUUUUUGCAGAGGGAAAGGUUCUACUAUGUUUAUAUACAAAGUAAAUGGAUCAAUGUUUGUGCUUCACGUAAAGCUGCUUUAUAAGAUUG